AACGAGAACCCCUCUGCCAUGGCGGACGUUCUCCUCACGACCUUCGACGAUUGUCGUUUGAGUCGCCUGAGCGGGUACUGGCUUCCGGGCGGUCCGGAUGUUCCCGAUGAACCAGGUUACUAUUGGAACGAACCGCAGCAACUUCACCUCUUCUUCCGUACACAAGAGAGCAUGUGGGUGAUAAGCCACACCCAGCAGCGAUUAGUUCCCUUCGCAACGUCGCUGGACCUGGAGCACUGGAACGUGGACAUUGGCACUGUGAUUGCACCUACACACAAGCUGCCGAUAAGGCAGCCAAGGAUGAUAAAAGGAGUUGAGUGUGCUAAAGGCGUCGCUUUGUAUAUCUUUACUUUCCAGCGACAGCUCAAAGACCUUUCCGGAUGUUACCAAUACUUCGGCAAGUACAACAAGGCCCCUUGCUUCAAGCGCUGGCAGAAGCCUCAGCACUUCCUGAUGAAGUCCGGCGAAGGACUCUGGGUCAUCCGAGACAAAGACCGCAAGGAAUUGGCCGCAAGCAACAAUCUUGUGUAUUUUGCAGCCCCAGACAAGAGCCUCGAGAAGGCCAGCCGCAAGGUGGUGGACAAGUGGCGUGAGCCUGCACCGCAGCCUGCUGCCCCUGCAUCCUCUUCCGUGCCGAGUGCGCCUGCUUCAUCUUCAACACAACCCGCACCGCCUCCGGCCACUUCAAGGACAAAGCCCCGGGUAUGCAUUGGCUAUGACAUGGAGGACGUGCGAACAUACUUCAACGAGGUGCAUAGUCGCGGUCCGCGCCCUCUCCGAGCAAGACCCGACGAGGACUGCGACUUCAAAGUGAUCUACGAGGUCUUCAAAAGACAGGUCUACAGGCCCUCUGGUGCCACUAGCCUCUUCAUGCCCCGAAGGGGGGACCACUUGCUAGACCUGGGAGGCCAUAUCGGGUCGGCCACGGCGUGGUAUCUGGAGAAUGGCAUAGCCAGCAGCGAUGCUUACGAGCCCACCGGCACCUUCGAGAUGCUGCAGGAGAACCUCGGCCAGGAAUCACGAGUACAGCUGCACAAAAAAGCAGUCGUCCACGAGACAUGCUCGUCGGAGACGGGCGGCCGCAGGAUCAAAGCAAACGCGGCUUUUGUGGACGAAUGGAGCGAUUCCGUCGUCGUUCAUGUCGCCGAUGGACACUUGUACUUGAAAGAGGUUGGGGGCUACCAAACCCUCGCGAUGGCCACUUCCUUCCGGCUUGUCCCUCUUGGGUCCAAGCUCGUUUUGGACAAGGGCAAGAAAGCCACGACCUUGCAGGCGCGCGCGGAGGCGAUCAGGGCAAAGCUGCCAGGGGUUCUUGAGUUUUUUUGGGGCCCCGACUUGCUUAUGCAGGACGGCACUCACUUUACGCAAACAAGCCACAGAACCUGGCGCGACCACAGAGGCAGCAAACUCACAAAGCCGGUCGACACGGGCCUGUCCAGCUGGCUCACGCAAGUUGGUGCGAGACCCUGCUUGUCUUUUUCAGACUAUGCAGGCUCCGCGACAGGCAGCUGGAAAUCUUCUUUGUCGUCUUGCCGGGUCUCCAUCACCCCUGGCUCGACAACUCUGGUGCCCGCGAUCUCGCUGGGGGAAGCUUUGGCGGAUCGGCACACGGUUGUCAAGAUGGACAUCGAGGGAUCCGAGCUUCAACUUCUGGCCCAGCGCCGAGACUGGAAGAACACCCGCCUUCUUAUCGUCGAGUUCAGUGCAGGGCGCUGCCGCCGCUUCGGCGCGGGCCCGCUGCCAUUCGCUGGCGUACUUGACUCCUUGAAGGCCGGCGGGUUCACCCACUUGCAUCUCGAACGGAGCGUCACUGCGAAAACUUUUUGGACUCGCGAGAAUAACCUGGCUGCUAGCCUUGACUUCAUGGCGUUUUUUUACCGAAGGCAGGCUGGCCAUCCGAUGGACACGGGCGCAACAGCGCGCAUGGCGGCUUUGAUGGAGGGCCUUCCGGCCAAACUCCGCGCUCUGGACGGAUACCCGCAGGAUCCCAUGGCGCGGAAGCCACGUGGCAAAAGAUCUUCGUCUUCGGUUGCAAGCUGA